CACUUUGUACCAUCUCUAGCCAGGGCCAAAAAAACAUUCCAAUUUCUCUGCUGCGAUUUCACUUUCACAAAACAAAUUAAGGCUGCGCCAGGUAAAUAAACAAUAAAGGAACAGGUGGAGAGCAGCUGGCGUGGGCUAUCCAAUUUCCCAGUUGCGAAAAAUCAAUGGAAAACUGUGCACCGGAUGUUGGCGAUAAUUCGUCGUUGGCGUCCUUGAAAAUUGCGCCCAAGGACUAUAAGUACCCGCUUUUGGAGGAUCCCCACAUCCCACUGGCCCCGCCCACCGAGGGCGGAGACACUUUGCUCAUCCGCGGCGGCUUCACCUACUUCCACUACGGCUGCGAUGGCCACCAGGAUGCAGGAUGGGGCUGUGGCUACCGCACCUUGCAAUCGGCACUUUCCUGGAUUCACCGAAGAUUAGGAAAAGAUGAGCAUGUGCCCUCCAUCCGGGAGAUCCAGCGAAUUCUAGUGACCCUCGGCGACAAGAAGGCGCAGUUCGAAGGAUCCCGCGAUUGGAUCGGCACCCUGGAGGAGUUCUACGUCAUCGAUGUGCUGCAUCAGCUGAACUGCAAGAUUCUGCACGCCAGGGAACUCGGUUCUCCGGAGAUUCUCGAACAGAUUCGCAGCUACUUUGAUAAGUUUCAAGGCUUCAUAGCCAUGGGAGGACUGAGCGAUGCCUCCUCCAAGGGAAUCAUAGGUUACCAUCGCAGUGCCGAGGAUCGCAUCUACUUACUGGUGGUGGAUCCCCAUUUCGUGGGCGUGCCCAGCUCCCCGCAGCAGUUAAUCCAAAGGGGAUACAUCAGUUGGCGGGCAGUCGAUGAAUUUCCCGCCAGCACGUACAACCUAUGCCUAAUUUUGCAGCAAUAAAACCUACUACCUACGUUCCCUUA